AUGCCAUCAACAUCGACCAUCAUGUCCAACACAGCACCUGCUCUCGCCCGCCAGGCGUUGCGACAAUGCACCCGCCGUCUGUCGCCAUCAACUUCUCCUUUUGCCACCCAACUCCCACGAGCAUGCAUCACUGCACGAAGUCGGAGGCAUUAUGUCUCCGAGUCGAGCCCGAAGAACGCCACCGUCAAUAUCGAGAACACAAUACGAGAGGACCAAAAGGCAUUUCUAGCACAGACGGGUACUAAGCCCAAGGAUGCCGAGAUACCUGGCACUGGUAUGGCGGGCGACGUGGCCAUGAGCCCGUCGGCUGGCAUAUUGAAGCAAGCAACCGUCAUGGACCAAGGUACACGACCUAUAUACCUCGAUGCACAAGCAACGACGCCUACAGACCCGCGAGUACUGGACGCAAUGCUUCCUUACUUCACCGGUCUAUAUGGCAACCCACAUUCGCGGACUCACGCAUACGGCUGGGAAACAGACAAGGCCGUUGAAGAGGCUCGAGAGCAUAUCGCCAGUCUCAUCGGUGCAGAUCCGAAAGAAAUCAUCUUCACCAGUGGUGCAACUGAGAGCAACAACAUGAGCGUUAAAGGUGUCGCCAGAUUCUUCAAGAAAGGUGGCAAGAAGAACCAUAUCAUCACCUGCCAGACAGAACACAAAUGUGUGCUCGACAGUUGUAGGCAUUUGCAAGAUGAGGGGUUUGAGGUGACAUAUCUGCCCGUGCAGUCCAACGGACUGGUCGACAUGGCGCAGCUGGAGAAGGCGAUGCGACCCGAGACUUGCUUGGUCUCCAUCAUGACCGUGAACAACGAGAUCGGUGUUGUGCAGCCUGUGGAAGAGAUCGGCAAGCUUUGCAGAAGUAAGAAGAUCUACUUCCACACCGAUGCAGCUCAAGCUGUGGGCAAAAUCCCCUUGGACGUCAACAAGAUGCACGUUGAUCUCAUGUCGAUAUCUGGCCACAAGAUCUACGGACCAAAGGGCAUCGGAGCAUGCUACGUGCGAAGACGACCGCGCGUGAGAAUCGACCCCAUCAUCUCGGGUGGUGGGCAAGAGAGAGGCUUGCGAUCUGGAACACUUGCGCCGCCACUUAUCAUUGGCAUGGGUGAGGCCGCGAGAAUAUGCACGGAGGAGAUGGAGUACGACACGAAGCGUAUCUCGACUCUCUCGAAUCGUCUCAAGGACGGCCUCCUCGCCAUGGAGCACACAUCCCUCAACGGCGAUCCCGAGCGACAUUAUCCGGGCUGUGUUAACGUGUCUUUCGCCUAUGUCGAGGGUGAGUCCCUGCUCAUGGCAUUGAAGGACAUCGCGCUCAGCUCAGGUUCGGCCUGCACCUCGGCAUCCCUUGAACCAUCAUACGUUCUCAGAGCACUCGGCAACUCGGACGAGUCUGCCCACAGCUCUAUUCGAUUCGGUAUUGGCAGAUUCACGACUGAUGCCGAGAUUGAUUACGUGCUUGACGCUGUCAAGAACCGAGUCACAUUCCUGCGCGAGCUUAGCCCGCUUUGGGAACUGGUACAAGAGGGCGUUGACCUCAACACGAUUGAGUGGUCGCAGCACUAA